AUGUCGUCACUCUACCCACAUGACUAUGUCUUCGUUCCAGAUCAGCCCAAGGCAAAGCUCUGCGGCUACAGUAUUGGCAAGAGAUCGUCAGGCCGCAAAAGUCCCACACAGUACUUGACGGUGUUCACUUACGGUCUGCCCCCAUCCACAGUUGGCACAUCAACUGACUCUCAUCCCCUGACCAGCGGCCAGAGGGGACGCCGAAUGGUCUUCCCGGGGAGGAAAGUCGGGAACAGGUACCCUGUCCCAAAGCCAAGCUUCACAAAAGUCAUUGCCGAGCACGCUUGGCGUACCGAAGCCGAGGAAGAAGACGCGGGAACUGACGAUGAGACUGACUCGGAGUACGAUGAGUUUGCGGAGUUACGGCCUCUCCAAGAGCGCGGUCCGCGCAUCUUCGUUGGUCGACACCGUAUGACCGGCAGAUUGGAACAGUUCGCUUGCCUUCCGCAGAGCAAGGCAGAUACAACCUCGUGGGAGAAAAUAACCGCAUGGGACUCUCGCAGGAAGCGCACCCGAGCAACCAAUGAAAGAAGGGAGGAACGACAGAAGGAGAAAGGGGAUGGAUGGUGGGCAAACGCAAAGAUGCAGGUGAAAAGUGGUGUGGACCCUGAACCGAUAUCACAUCUCGCUCCCCCCAGAAACCCACGUCAUCCUCUGACUCUCCACCAUGUGCAUACCAUUGGGGCUCCGGAUCGAAGGCGGAUCGAGGAAGACGAAUACUUCGACGACAAUGUCAUGCUAGUCUGUCAGAUCAUCACACAGAAGGGGAACGAGCCGGGUACGUUCGAAGAUUCCUGCACUGUCGUGUGCGGUACCUGUGCUGCGGCGGAAAGAGAGAUACACGAGGUGGCGAAUGGCGGCGGACUCGCUCUCAGUCUGACGCGUACGUACACGGUCGAGGACGUGGCCAACAAAAGCAGGCAGAAAAUUGAGAGAAAAGUGGUGGAUCUUCUGAUGGCUUCGCGUUGGUCGCCCCCGGGGACCCACGAUGAUGCUCGAGAGGGCAUAGAAUCAUUCGUUCACGGCAGGAUCCAGGUGACAUGGCUGGAGGAUUUCAAGGCGAGUCCUGACGGACAGCUACUAAUGUCACACGAUGCGGAGGCAGUUUAUAUGCUUGCGAGCAUCCGAGCUGGAGAGGAGAGUCGGUCGCAAAACACAGGCUGA